CUUAAUAUCACACAACAAGUAUCAAUAACAAAUGGUGUUUUGAAUUAUUUAUAGAUAUCCCUUUUUCACCUUCGCGGUGACUUUUCGCCUCAUUUCGAAGGUGUCAUCCCGAUGGAAACGUUACUUUGAGCGUACGAACGAUCCGAAAAGAUGCAAAAAAUCACCUUCAAAGGACUAACGCAGCGUGUGAUUGAUAAGAACGGGGAAUUCUUCAAGGCUCGUCCAUCUUUUCGUACCGAAUUCCAAUGCCGUAGUUGGUUCGGCAAACAAUUGCGAGGGCUUUGCGACAUUACGGCCCUGCACGGGUACAGCCAGAUCGUGCGCGAUGGAUACAGCAUGGUGGAACGGACCGUGUGGACCUGUGCCGUCGUUGCGUCGACUAUCAGCGCAAUUACGCUGCUCAUGAUCUCGUGGUCUUGGAGCGUCGAAACACCGACCGUAACGGUUACCGAGUCGACGAACUAUCCGACCUGGAACCUUCCCUUUCCCGCCGUGACGGUGUGCAAUCUGAACAAGAUCUCGGCAUCGGCCGCCCGGUCCCGCGCCGAGACGAUGCGCCGCCCGGGCAAUAUGACGGUGGACGAGCUGGCGGAGAUGUUUCGGUUGUUUCUGCACGUGACCGGCCUGGGAGAUCCCGACCCCGUUCGCUACCGACUCCUGCACGACAUUAUGCUGAUGAACAAUCUGGAGAUACCGCAGCUGAUGGGUGAAUUUACCCCGCCCUGUGGCACACUGCUCGAGCGCUGCAUGUGGAAGGGUACGCAGUGGCGCUGUGACAACCUGUUCCAGGUGGUGAACAGUACGGAAGGGUUGUGCUGCUCCUUCAACUACUACGGACUGCUGAAGGACAACUAUCCGAAGAAGAUCACCGUGAGUGUGCCGAAGGAUCCGAGACGUGUGAUGGCGAGCGGGUACCAGACGGGCCUCUCGGUACUGCUGCAACCGCAUGCGGAAGACUACCACUCGACCGAUGUCGCCUCGUACGGGUUUAAGGUGAUGAUCCACAGCUCGUACGACUAUCCGGAUAACGAUGCGGAAAUUAAGCUCGUUUUGGCGGGGACGGAAUCGUUCAUUACGCUCAGGCCGACGGCAACGUACGCCACGGACGAUGCGCUCGAUGUGGCGCCGUCCGUGCGCAACUGCUACAGCCGGCAGGAGCGCGUGCUCGGUGUGAUGCAGCGCUACUCGUACGUGAACUGUAUGGUGGAGUGUCGGGCGGCAAACAUCUACGCCAAGUGUGGCUGCGUACCGUACCAUCUGCCUAACAAUGGGUCGAUGCGCAACUGUGAGAUGAAGGACAUGGAGUGUGUGGUACGUGCGCGAGAUCGCUACGUGACGGCCGUGCCGACGAGGAACGGUUCCGUGGAGCGGCUGUCGUACGGGAGUGUUGUGGCGCCCUGUGGUUGCUUGCCCGGGUGUGACAAGGUGCAGUACCCGUCCGAGAUGGUAACGGGCAGGAUGAAUCGGUCAUUCUCGUUUAACGCUAUAUCGUUUUUCAAAGACAUCCAGCUGCAGAAUCAAAGCCUGGUGCACAUUUAUCUGGCCGAUCUGACCGCGACCCACUUCCGGAUGGACAUUUAUCAGGACUCGCUGGGUGUUUUGGCGUCCUUUGGUGGCAUUUUGGGACUUUUUCUCGGCUUUAGUAUAAUUACUGGCUUUGAAAUGGUUUACUACUUCUCCAUUCGCUUGCUGUUUGAUGCGAUUGCAAAGAAGAGCGACAAACGGAACGCGUCCAGCGCGGGUCAGCAUUGAAGCGUUUUCGGUCGCGCACAGAUUGCAUACAUUUAGGCGUAAAGUUUGAA